AUGCGCCGGUUCAAAGGCAGGUCAGCCAAUGCCUGCCACUAUUGCAGAACCCAGAAAGUGAAAUGCAGCGGCGAACGCCCGUGUACCAGAUGCCAGUCUUCCAACAGAGACUGCAUCUUUGCCGCCAAAGAUCGUUUAAUAAAGGUGCCGGAGAACUAUGUACGCACACUACAGAAUGAGGUUAAUCAGCUCAGGCAGUCGUCGCGAGCGGAUGGAGAUACUCCUACACGGGGAAACACUGAGCGUCAAAGCCCGCAUGAUGGAAACCCCGAGCGGCUGAUUGAGAAUUCAACGACGGAGUACUUUGUAUCAAAGCUCAAAGGUGCCUGCUCCGGUACAGAGCCUGUUCAGUCUCACGAGAAUGCUAUCCCAGAAACACCUGCUAGUGCUUCAAGAAAUGGGCUUUCGCACAAUCAUCCCCAGCACUCGAUCUCCAAAUACACCUAUGUCCCGCUAGAUUACGACAGCAGUGCAAAGGUAGCUGUCAAGCUUCCCCCGUAUUCCUACGCCCUCUACCUUCUCAACCAGUUCGAGGCUUUCAUCGGUUCCGACUACCACUGGUACCACAGACAGCAUUUCCACGACAAGAUGGAGGCAACCUAUAAUUCUCCCCACAAGCAAUCAGUAGACAAAGCCUGGAUUUGUUGCUUUUCGGUGGUUCUGGCUUUGGGAGAGUCAUACACCUGCAGGGUUGCCCCGUCGUUUACAAUCGACGAGACGACCGCAUCGAACACCAACACUCAAAUCUCCCCAGAGGCUGGACAGGUAGUUGCUCCUCCCGGAAUUGAGCUAUUCAAACAGGGUCUCCUCCUGCUCAAACUGUCAUACGAGGAGCCCACGAUUGAGCAAAUCGAGGCCCUUAACCUCAUCGCCUUCUACUCCUACUCCCUAAACCGGCGCCGAACAGCAUACGCUUAUGCAGGCAUGGCCCUCCGCCUAGCAAAAGUCAUGGGGCUAUCAACCACCCCAGACCCCCGCGACAUCGAGCCCGUAGAGGUUGAACACAGGAAGAGAGUCUGGUGGACGGCGAUAUGCAUGGACCUGAUGACCUGCACGGAGCUAUCCAUAGCACCUACAGACGGAUUCGACGACGACAGAGUCGGCUUCCCAGAUAACAGCAGUCUUAGUUCCAUGGAUGCGAGCGAGGCCUUCUCUGACCCGCAGCAUCUCACGGCGCAGGUCAAACUCCAUCGUAUCAAGUACCGGGUUAUUGAGCGGAUAUCGGAGCUGCGAUCUGGUGAUGCGGAUGAGACGCAUAGGCUGCUUGCGCCGUGUCUGGAGGCGUUGCGAUAUUGGCGACAGGAGUUUCAUGCGUCUUUGGAAUAUGCAGAGGAUGGGGGGUUUGCAGAGAGUACACUGGCUCGUCCUGAGAUGCGUACUAUUGCAUCAGUUUUGAUGAGAUAUAACCAGUGCUAUAUCCUUUUACUGCGGCCGCUGCUCUUGAAACAGCUGUCUUCUCUGGUCAGAGAACAGGCACCCCUUGCAAGUCGCAGCAGUGACCUUGUGAGCCUGAAUGCAGAAUGUCUACGAGCAGCGAGGGACAACAGUUUCAUCCAAAUAGCGCUUCACAAGUGCCAUAAGAUAGCCAAAUUCGGAUUCUGGGAGUCACUGCAUAUAUUCUCGAGUCUCACAAUCCUAAUAAUCAGCAACUUCAUCAUCGAAAGAUCCCCGACUUCCUUCCCCAGCACCGAAACCAAGUCGUCGUACCAGGCUGUCCGGGACUUGCUAGGAGAAAUGGCCCAGGCGGGCAACCUUGCCUCGAGGGACCACGAACAGAUGAUUCGGGAUAUCGAGGGACUGUUUACAACUGGUCCUACUGGGUCUACCGGGCCUACUACAGAUGAUAUCGGUGAUCUCGCUGCAUGGAAUGAUUUGCUCGAUUUUGGCAAUACAGGAUUCGACACUGCUAUCUUUGAGUCUUUCCCUUCAUCGCUGGAGCACUUUUGA